CAAUUCUGUGCCAUAUGUUGUCAAUAAAAUUAUCAAGAUCGAACAAGAACUGACAAAAUAUUGGAAAUUCAAAAUCAACGGGUCCGCUUGAUUGCACCUUCAAUACCAUAUCAAAGUACAUUUAAUAGGACACACAUAAAUGUUUUGUGGUGAUAUUAAGCAAAGAAAGAGAUAAAAGGAAGACAGAAAAAUGGAUUAUUUUCUCUUUAUUUCAAAUAUGUAGUGAUAGUAACACUAGGAGAAAAUGCAUUAGUGGAAUUCGAUAAAUUUAUAUCUAUAUUCAGCCACAGAGCUCAGACAUCUGUAUGCAUAGACAUAUGUAUGCAUGGACAAUCGUAUGCAUGCAUUGACAAUCGUAUGCACAGCCAUCUGUAUGCAUAAACCAUUGUAGAAGAAAGUACCAAACAUUACAAGAUGAAUUCCGUUGCUCCUCUAGACGAAGUUCCGAUAACGGGAGCGGAUAGUGGGGCUGAAGACGCAGACGACAUGCUCCCGGAUGGAGUUAUAAAUCCCGCUUCUUACCGCAGUGCAGAAGAGGACAUUGAGAGCAUCCGUCUUUCAUUUAAUCUUUUGCAGUGUGCCAGAAACGGGUAUGUGGAGGCUGCUACUCGGCUGCUGCAGGACGAGAAAAGCCAGAAAGAAAUCAACAAUGAUGAUGAAGACGGACUAUGUCCAUUACAUUACGCUGCUAGAUAUAACCACAUGGAGAUAGUAAAGCUGCUCGUUGAAAAUGGAGCAGAUGUGAACAGCGAGGACCGCGAGGGAUUAACACCGUUACAUUAUGCAUGCAGAAUCAAACGGAAGCGGAAGAAGUCUAAACAGACAAUGCUGAAUCUAUCCUUAACAGAAACUAUAGAAAACUCGCCGGCGAGAGGAAUGGAUCAGCAGUCAGAAGAUGGACAAGUGGCAUUACUUGGGGGAAGGCAAAUAGAUCCAGACGCCACCGCGAUACAUUAUCUGAUAGAUCACGGUGCUGACGUCACACAUCAGGAUGACUAUGGUCUUACAGCGCUCCACCAUGCUGCUCUACGUGGUGACGAAGUUGCAUGCCAACAGCUUCUCAUGUAUGCUACAGAAGAAAUGCCACUUGUAAAUGCCAAAGACAUCCAGAAGAUGACCCCAUUGCACACGGCAGCCUGUCAAUGCGAGUCUGAUAUAGCAAGGCAGCUUAUCUUGGCUGGAGCUGACGUCAGGUGUGUGGAUGACGAACAGUCUACCCCGCUGCAUGAAGCCGCAACAGUCGGAGACACCAAGAUAUUAAGAGUUAUUUUUGACUCUUGCAAAAACGGGAACAAGUGGGACACUGAUAAAUUGUCGGAGUUAUUAUCGGACAAAGACGAGGACGGAAACGCGCCGUUAAUGUUGGCUGUAGAGUCAGGGAGAUACAAAUUUGCAAUUAACUGUAUCAAUAAAGGUGCAGCCAUAAAUACGAUAAACAAAUGGCACAUGACCCCGCUACAUCUUGCAGCUAUCAAAGGCGACCUCCGGAUUGCCCAGUUGUUGAUAGAGAAGGGUGCCAAAAUAAAUGCUUUAAAUCACGAACAUCAAACACCAUUACAUAAAGCAGCAUUGUUCAACAACAUCGAAUGUAUCACCUGCCUUCUAGAUAAUGGCGCGACGUUAGAAGCAAAAGACAAAGACAAUUUCACGGCGUUGUUGCUGGCGGCAUGUUACGGUCAUGCAAAAUCAGUACAGCUGUUGAUAGACAGAGGUGCUGAUCUGUCUGUAGAGGACAAAAACGACAGGACUGCAGUAUAUUUGGCAGCAGAGGAAAAUCAGCUAGAAGUUUUAGAAGUUUUGUUAAGGCAUAACCGUGAGAAGUACAUGGUAAAUCACAGAGACGAAUGCAGUAAUAACCCCCUACAUAUAGCAGCAAAGCUUGGCCAUCUCAGGAUUGUUAAAUGUUUGCUAAACAAUGGCGCGGAUUUGUUUUGCAAAAAUGAUAUGGAGCAGACACCUAUACAUAUGGCAGCUGUAAACGGAUGGACAAAUGUUGUCCGUGCGAUUGUGAACAAGGAAAAGAACACAAUGAGUGACGGGGACGAGGAUUCAAACACUGCACUACACCUUGCCGCCAUGGGAGGUCAUAUCAAACUUGUUGAAGCAUUGCUCAAUCUAGGCGCUGAAGCGGAAGUCAGAAACAGCGCCUUAAGGACACCACUGGGCUGUGCAGCCGCUCAAGGGCAUUUGAAAACAGUAAAGAUUUUGGCAGAAUCGGAUGCAAGUAUUGAUGCCACAGACAAACUAAAUAUGACGCCACUGUUGUUGGCUGCAAACAAUGGCCAUGCUAAUGUUGUCGAUUAUCUUAUUGAGGACAUGAAUGCUGACGUCACGUUACGUAAUAAUGACGGCCAUAAUUGUCUCGAUCUGUCAGUAAUCGAGGAUCAUCAGGAUGUGGCGACAGAAAUAAUUAAAUCUUGUUCGUGGAAGUAUGCGCUAAGGAAUACUGUGAGAGAGAAGGGAAUGAUGAACACCCCUUUAAGAAGGCUUAUCAGAAAAAUGCCAGAGGUCGCAGAAAUGGUAUUUGAUAAGUGCAUCCAAGUUACUAAACCCGAGGAAGGCAGCCAGACAAAACUUAACCACAAACACCAGGUGAAGUUUAACUUCGAAUUCCUAGACGAUCUGUACAGUAUGCAUGAAUGGAGAGAAAAAAGAACAACCAGACGAAGGGAAAAGAUGAAAUUGAAAGAUAAAUCUAUUGUCGAACCUGAGAAAGCUCCAGUUGACGGCUUUGACUGGGAUAAGCUAAAACCUUUCAAACCUAGAGAUAAAGAACUUGUCCCAUACACUACUGAAUCAAAUGUCUUUCUGCAAAACCAUCCUAUGAACAUAAUGGUUGAAUCUUCACGUGAAGAGCUUCUAGACCAUCCUUUGGUGACUGCAUUACGACGUCACAAGUGGGUCAGUUUUGGACGUGUGUUCUAUUAUGUCAGCUUUGUUUCAUACCUCAUUUUCCUCGCGUUCCUGACAGGAUACAUUCUGGUGACGAAACCACCAUAUGCUAUCGACAAGAGCAACUUUGCGAAUGUUGCUGGAGAUACAGAUUGUGAAAAGUAUCAAAACAGUGGAGUAAAACAAAAUCUGUUUGCAAGCAUUGCAAAAUAUGUCAUACUUGUACUUGAUGUCAUCUAUAUCAUAAAGGAGUGUAUUCAAGCAUUCCACGGAAGACUGAGUUAUAUAAACAUAGAAAAUAUUUUAGAAUUGUCAGUGUUCAUUUCAAGUUUUCUGCUGGUCCUUGACAUCGAAUCAUGUCAAGCCGAAACGGGAUAUAGAAUGGACUGGCAAUGGAAUUUCGGCAGUAUAUCUAUUGUAUUGGCGUGGAUAAUGCUUGUGCUGUUUAUUCAGAAGUUCCCUAAACUUGGAAUUUAUGUCGUCAUGUUCAGAUACAUUCUGUACACAUUCUUCAAAUUCUUCCUCGUCUUUCUGUUGUUCAUUAUUGCAUUUGGUUUGGGAUUUUUCUGUCUUAUACAAAAUCAGACUCCCUAUUCCACGGCCUGGAAUGCAAUUAUACGGACCUCUGUUAUGAUGAUAGGAGAGUUUGAUUAUAACGAUAUAUUUCAUGGCGAGGAUGACAUGCAUUAUUGGCUGACAUACGUGUUGUUCUGUGCUUUCCUCAUUGUCAUGACCAUCAUCAUCAUGAACUUGUUGGUUGGUCUAGCAGUUGACGAUAUCAAAGGCGUUCAAGAUCAGGCAGCAUUAAAAAGAAUAGCAAUGAAGGUAAAACUGGUACUGGACAUAGAGAGGAUUAACCUGAAGUUUACAAGCCGGUAUUACGAACGUUGUUUGAUGGAGUACUACGACGAUUCCGAGGAAAUGCAGACAGCGAUCCGCCAUUCUAAAGAGUUUGAAGAUCAAAUGCACAAGAGUCAGCAGAAGGUGUUGAAGAAGGUAGACAAAGUAAAAAAUACGGUGAAGUCACUGAAGAAUGAUAUCUCCAGGCUAGAGGAUAUGUUGGAGACAAUCAUGAAAGCUCAAGAUAUUACCAUGCAAACGGACGAUGUUUAGAUUGUAUGUCGUUGAAUUGGUCAGAUUUUGUAAUGUACGACACUGACUCUACCAGGCGGUUCAGUUGAUGUGAUGAGUAGUGUAUCUUACAUACGGAAAUGAAAUAAAGGGAUCUAUACUCCUGAAGCUGUAACAGGGACUCAUGUUGUACACUAUAAUUAUGUAAUAAAUUGUGCCAGUGUAUAAGAGUUGGUGCGUCUGACUGGCGGAUAAACAAUUCAACUUCUGUGCGUCCAAAAGUUUUAUUCAUUUGAAUCUGUCUCACAAUAGUUCAGAAAUACUUGGUGUUAUACUUCAAAUAACACAAAGUUUAUGCCAUAAACUUUUCCAUAUUUUUACGAGUCAUAAAACUCUAAAGAUCUCAGAAUCUGUUGUAAAAUUGAAGGUGGCUAGAACUGCUUUCAAAUUCGUUUUUAUUCAAAGCCAAACUGAUGAUUUUUAAUAUUCUUGAAGUGGUUUAUUUUUUAUUAAUUUUCGUGAUUUUUUCCUUUUGCUUUAAUCUCAUAUAAUAUUAUUCACUAGUGCGAGAGGAUACUUAGUUGUAUAUUCAGUUCUAGUUUCGUUAUUGCAAAGUUUAUUAAUUUCAUUCUCGGUAUGUUUGUCAUGGGACCAGUACCGAUGCAACACGCAUUUUUUACGUUGUCUUUUGAUAGGUUUUCAUGUACUACAGUACUUGGUAAUUGAACAGUAGCGGUGCACGACAUUUUGUGAUACCAUGAAGUUUCAAGGUUAAAUUCCACUUUUAACGCUUUUAACUGUGAUAUGCAUUUUUUUAUUUUUGACAUUUAUAAGCAAACUUCUUAAGCACGUGUAAAUAGCGUUGUACCAUACAUUCUAUUUAUUUUUGUCCUGCUGUGGCAGCUAUUGUUAUAAGGAAUAACAGUAAUUAAGAAAGCAACUGCAUGACUCUUCGUUUUUAGCAUUCGGUAAUGUUUUGUAAAUUUAUGAAACAAAGCCACUAACGUGUUUAAUAUUUUGGCUUCCUUUAAGAUAUAAAAGACAUUUUUGAAUUUAAUAAAUUACCUUUAAUUUACCUGUAUACUAAAUAGAUUCAACAGAGGUUCAAGUUUAUUUAUUGAAUAGUGUCUUGGUGGUUUGUGUAAAACUUUGCUCAAAUUUAAACAACUGUUGUACGUUUCAUAUAAAACUUGUAUAUAUGUUCCAAGCUUGUAAAUAUAUAAAUAGUUUUCCACGACAAUCUGUAACCUGGUGUAGCAUUUGUAUCACUAGACUAGAUAAAUUCACCAGCAGUUAAAACUUUUCUAAUUUUAUAAAAAAAAUAUUAGGAUGAAAUAGUAAUUAGAAAGGGGCUAACAUUAAUUUUCAAGGAGGGUCAUGAAACAUAUAAUGCAAUCAUUGCUUUAAAGUCUAAAUGCAGUUUUUUUUCCACAUAUCUACACUUUAAUGCACAUUAUGUAUAUUCCGUAAAAUAACUUCUGAAUCAAGAAGGAAUUUGAUUUUUAUUGGGCAGAUAUUUACUUAAAACAAUAUAUGUAUAAUCAAUGCAAGAAUCUUUGUCUUCGAUAACGCACGAUAGCUAUCUGGCAUGGGGUAACCAAUGAAUUUUAAUGCAUGAGUAAAAUCAACGGAAAUGCGAAUCUGGUAUGCCUGACAAAUGGUUUUGUUUCAAAGUGAUUUAUAGAAGUUAUUUAGAAGUGAAGGUAGUGACAAAAUUACAUUUGCUGGUCCUAAUUCUUGGAAUGUGUUUAUACUAGCUUCAUGUUUUUUCUUAGAAAACCCCUGCAAACAUGAUGCAGGAGAUCUAAAUUUGACCCGAAUCUUGAUUUUAAUGUACAUUUAUACUUUUAAAAUUAUUAAAGCCGUUCAUAAUUAAUUAAA